CACCCACCUAUCCUCGCUCUGAAAGAAGAACCGGGCGGAUAAUAUGUCAACCCCGAGCAGAUUCAAGAAGGACAAGGAGAUCGUGGCCGAAUAUGAAAGUCAAGUGAAAGAGAUUCGAGCUCAGCUAAUAGAGCAACAGAAAUGUCUGGAGCAGCAGACGGAGAUGAGGGUGCAACUUCUUCAAGACCUGCAAGAUUUCUUUCGCAAAAAAGCGGAAAUAGAGACUGAAUAUUCUCGCAAUUUAGAAAAAUUAGCAGAAAGGUUCAUGGCGAAAACAAGAAGUACUAAGGACCAUCAACAAUACAAGAAAGACCAGAAUCUGCUGUCUCCAGUAAAUUGCUGGUAUUUACUCCUCAACCAAGUGAGACGGGAAAGCAAAGAUCAUGCAACCUUGAGUGAUAUCUACCUGAACAACGUCAUCAUGCGAUUUAUGCAGAUAAGUGAAGAUUCCACAAGGAUGUUCAAGAAGAGCAAAGAGAUUGCAUUCCAGCUUCAUGAGGAUUUAAUGAGGGUUCUUAAUGAGCUUUAUACGGUCAUGAAAACUUACCAUAUGUAUCAUACAGAGAGCAUCAGUGCAGAAAGCAAACUAAAGGAAGCUGAAAAACAGGAAGAGAAGCAAAUUGGGAGGUCGGGAGAUCCUGUUUUUCACAUUCGGCUGGAGGACAGACACCAGAGACGCAGCUCUGUGAAGAAAAUUGAAAAGAUGAAGGAAAAACGUCAAGCAAAAUAUUCUGAAAAUAAGCUGAAAUCCAUUAAAGCCAGAAAUGAAUAUUUGCUAACCCUUGAAGCAACAAAUGGCACUGUGUUCAAGUAUUACAUUCAUGACCUUUCAGAUCUGAUUGAUUGUUGCAAUCUUGGAUAUCAUGCAAGCCUGAACAGAGCCUUAAGAACAUAUCUCUCUGCAGAGUAUAACCUUGAAACCUCUCGACAUGAGGGUCUGGACAUCAUUGAAAAUGCUGUUGACAAUUUGGAACCACGAAGUGACAAGCAGAGAUUCAUGGAGAUGUAUCCGACAGCCUUUUGCCCUCCAAUGAGAUUUGAGUUCCAGCCCCAUAUGGGUGAUGAGGUUUCUCAGGUCAGUGUACAGCAGGCAGUCCAAGGGGAACUCAUGCUUAGGUAUCAGCAGCUUCAGUCACGACUGGCCACAUUGAAAAUUGAAAAUGAGGAGGUUAAGAAGACGACUGAAGCUACUUUGCAGACAAUACAAGAUAUGGUCACCAUUGAGGACUACGACGUUUCUGAAUGUUUCCAGCACAGUCGUUCAACAGAGUCUGUGAAGUCAACAGUUUCUGAGACCUACUUGAGCAAGCCUAGCAUUGCAAAGAGAAGAGCGAACCAGCAGGAGACAGAGCAGUUCUAUUUCAUGAAAUUCAGAGAGUAUCUGGAGGGAAGUAAUCUCAUCACAAAGCUCCAAGCAAAGCAUGAUUUACUGCAGCGAACACUUGGAGAAGGCCAUAGAGCAGAAUAUAUGACUACAAGCCGAGGUCGAAGGAACUCCCACACAAGGCAUCAGGACUCUGGGAAAGUAAUCCCCCUCAUUGUAGAAAGCUGCAUCCGAUUUAUCAACUUGUAUGGUCUCCAGCACCAGGGCAUUUUCAGAGUAUCUGGCUCCCAGGUGGAAGUCAAUGAUAUUAAAAAUUCAUUUGAGAGAGGUGAAAAUCCUUUGGCAGAUGACCAAAGUAACCAUGACAUUAACUCAGUUGCUGGAGUACUGAAGCUCCAUUUCCGAGGGCUGGAGAACCCUGUCUUUCCUAAGGAAAGAUUUAAUGAUCUUAUUUCUUGUGUCAGAAUAGAAAAUCUCUAUGAGAGAGCUCUUCACAUACGAAAACUCCUCCUGACUUUGCCCAGAUCAGUCCUUAUAGUGCUAAGAUAUCUUUUUGCUUUCCUCAAUCACCUUUCACAGUACAGCGAUGAAAAUAUGAUGGAUCCGUAUAACCUGGCCAUUUGUUUUGGCCCAACGUUGAUGCCUGUUCCAGACAUUCAAGAGCAAGUGUCGUGUCAGGCUCACGUGAACGAAAUAAUCAAAACUAUCAUCAUUCAACACGAAACCAUUUUUCCAGAUUCUAAGGAGCUGGAUGGCCCCGUUUAUGAGAAAUGUAUGGCUGGUGAUGAAUACUGUGAUAGUCCUUAUAGUGAACAUGGUACCUUAGAAGAAGUGGACCUAGAUGUUGGUACCGGACCACACACCAGUGAAGAUGAAUGUGAACCGAUAGAAGCUAUUGCCAAGUUUGACUAUGUUGGAAGAUCUGCACGAGAGCUGUCUUUUAAGAAAGGGGCCUCCCUGCUCUUAUAUCAUCGAGCUUCUGAUGACUGGUGGGAAGGAAGACACAAUGGAAUUGACGGCCUUGUACCUCACCAAUACAUAGUGGUUCAAGAUAUGGAUGAUACAUUUUCAGACACACUGAGCCAGAAAGCAGAUAGUGAAGCCAGCAGUGGACCAGUAACAGAGGACAAGUCUUCCUCUAAGGAUAUGAACUCGCCCACAGAUCGACAACCCGAAAUAUAUUCCGGAAGGCAGCGCAAGAGACCUGAACUUCCACUUCCCGGGAGACGCCCUGGCAGAACCAGCGACGGACACUGUCCAGUUCAUCAACCACACAGCCUUGCCAAUUCAUCGCUGGAGUUGGGCUCCCCCAGUAUGAUAAGCCACAGCGCUUCUCGUGCUGCCCUUCAUAACCGCAGCCUCAAUACAGAUAGCCCAGAAAGGAGACGAAGGCCUGGUCAUGGCAGCCUCACCAAUAUUAGUAGGCAUGAAUCCCUGAAGAAAAUUGACAGCCCACCCAUUAGAAGAUCAACAUCAUCUGGCCAGUACCCAGUUUUCAAUGAUCACAAACCACUUGACCCAGAGGCAAUUGCUCAGGAUAUUGAAGAAACAAUGAACACAGCUCUGAAUGAACUCCGGGAACUAGAACGUCAAAGCUCUGCAAAACAUGCCCCAGAUGUAGUGCUGGAUACCUUGGAGCAAAUGAAAAAUUCCCCCUCCAGUACCGCCUCCACGGAAUCCCUGAGCCCUCUUCACAGUGUCCUCUUAAGAAGCACCGAGCCUCAGAUUCGGCGUAGCACCAGCUCUUCCAGUGAUACUAUGAGUACUUUCAAGCCCAUGGUGGCACCUAGGAUGGGGGUGCAACUGAAACCGCCUGCCCUUAGGCCAAAGCCCAUCGUUCUUCCAAAAACAAACCCAACCGUGGCCCCUUCCUCUCCUUCCCAAGGUCCGGCAGACAAGUCUUGCACAAUGUGAAAACCCAAGCAGUUUGUGUGACAUGCGUGGAGUGAACUACCAAAAGGAUGGAACGCUGAUAAAUGUCUUGUGUUCCAUCGCACCAUUCGUUUCUUAUUUAUAACGGGAGA